AUGAUUGCCGCGAAGAGUUUCAUCUUCAAGCAGACGCAACAAGACAGCUUCAACCCAGAGGUCAACGCAUUGACACAAAAUAAACCAAUCAACACAACUAUUAGAUUUCGACAUCUGUCACCAUUUCUAGACAAAGACGGAAUCUUGCGAGCACGUGGACGCCUCGAGAAAUCUCAACUGGACUAUUGCAUAAAACACCCAUUUAUCCUUGAUGGAAACCACCCAGCAGUUCACCUCUUUAUAGGACAAACCCACAAAGACAACCAGCAUUCGCCACGCCAGCACUUAAAAAACAUUCUUCAAAAUGAGUAUUGGAUUCUCUGUGUUCGCGCACACAUUGACAAGAUCAUAAAAAACUGUUACGACUGCCGACGACAACAGGCAACUGGACUGCAGCCGGAAAUUCCGCCCCUACCCGCCUUCAAAUUUCCAGAAGAUAAACCCUUCCCGUUUCAACAAACAGGAUUAGAUCUUUUUGGACCAUUUGCUUCGAAAACCGCAGGAAACUACAACAAACGCUACGGCGUUAUAAUGACUGACCUAACAACACGAACCGUACAUCUUGAGAUGUGCCAGGACCAAUCAGCCGACGCCUUCAAAAAUACCUUAAGACGAUUCUUCGCACGCAGAGGACAACCAGCAAAAACUGUUUUUGACAACAGUACAAAAUUCACCGCAGCCAAAAAAGAACUCAACAGACACUUCGACGCCGAUGUUACACGACAAUUCUACGCCAACCAUCAGAUUGAAUGGACCUUCAACCCUGCCUAUGCUCCUCAUUUCGGAGGUGUCUGGGAACGACUCAUAAAAUCAGUCAAAGACUCAUUCUAUGCCAUCAUAGGAAGCCAGAUUCUAACAGACGAUAUAUUCAACACCGUUCUUUGCGAAGUUGAACACUUCAUGAACGCAAGACCCAUCACUACAGUUUGA